UGGCCAGAUGUCAUCGUCCGCCUAGACAUUUGGCAUUUUAUGCGACGUCUGGCAGUAGGGUGCACCACUGACGCCCACCAGUUGUACCCUACUUUUAUGGCAAGGCUGUCAUCCUGUAUUUUUGAGUGGGAUGCAGGGGAUCUCACUCUGCUGAGACAGGCCAAAAGGGAGCAACUCAUCCAACAGGGCUGGCCUACUCUGUCGGAGGCAGAACUGGACCAUCAUUUAACUAAAGCUGAGCUGCUCCAGCACUGCAGGAGGAGAACACGGGGAGAAGAAACCACUUUCCGCCUCCUUGAUAUGCUCAUCAGAGAGCUCAUGGGUGGCAAGGGGAAUGAUGCUCUUGGUGUUCCUCUACUUGACAGUGUGAGAAUGCAGCACAUCUGGAAUGUCCAGAGGCGGCACAUCACCUGUAUCCAAGACCCUCCAAAUGUGCCGCUCUAUACUGAAACUGGAACUACAAGCAAGGGUGGGGUGGUUCUAAAAACUUAUCGUUGUGCCAGAGGCUCCACAUCCCUGGAAUCAUUUCACUGCCACCUAAACAGAUUUAUUCCAGGGAACAGCGCAAACAGCCUGAACUUCCAGAUUUAUCUCCUGGAAGGUUUAUUACGCUGGAAUCAGGACCGGGCUGAAGCUGCUGUUGCAGAUGGAGGUUCAACUCUGCGCUCUUACACAGGGGAGCUGUUUUACUCUGUCAAUGAGAACUACAAUAAGUUGUAUGGCAGGAAAUUGGUCCCUAGCUUCACUCCACCUGCAGUAUACACAGGGGAGCUCAUUGGAGUACAGUACUUGUUGAGGCAGAAUAGUCAGCCCCUGGAGGACAUGUGCCCUACCUCUGAUAGGACCUCUCAAUUGCUGGAGGAGAUAGAUGUGGAGGAGCAAGUGGAAAAGGAUGAGGGUUUCAUUGAUUUCUUUGGAGAGGAAGCCACAGUGGCAAAUCUUGUGGCAUCAGAUGACUUAGUCCUUUCAGGUCCACCAGUUCUACCAGCUGCACCAGUUCCCAGUGUCCAGGCUCCUACAGCUGCACCACUGCCCAGUGUCAAAAUUCCACCACUGCCCAUUGUCCAGACUCCACCACUGCCCAGUGUCCAGACUCCACCAUUGCCCAGUGUCCAGACUCCACCACUGCCCAGUGUCCAGACUCCACCAUUGCCCAGUGUCCAGACUCCACCAUUGCCCAGUGUCCAAACUACACCACUGCCCAGUGUCCAGACUCCACCACUGCCCAGUGUCCAGGCUCCACCACUGCUCAGAGUCCGGGCUCCUUCAACUGCACCAGUGCCCAGUGUAGCUGCAUCACUGCUCAGUGUCCAGGCUCCACCAUUGUUCAGAGUCCGGGCUCCUUCAGCUGCACCAGUGCCCAGUGUCCAGGCUCCACCACUGCUCAGAGUCCGGGCUCCUUCAGCUGCACCAGUGCCCAGUGUAGCUGCACCACUGCCCAGUGUCCAGACUCCACCACUGCCCAGUGUCCAGGCUCCACCACUGCUCAGAGUCCGGGCUCCUUCAGCUGCACCAGUACCCAGUGUCCAGGAUCCUUUAGAUACACCAGUGCCCUCAGCAAUGGCUGUUGACGAACACUGCAUUCCUGGAAUGGACCGGGUGGAUGCGUUGGCAGAGUGUCUGGUGGAGCUGCGCACACAGACAAGCCUCACACUUACCAACCAACAAGUUGCGACCAUUGUGGGUCUGUGGCAGAACCUGGACAAAUUUGAUAAAGACAGGGUGGUGUAUGCUGCUCGUCAUCAAGACAGGCUACUUACAGGACGUUUUAGGUCCCCAAAAAAGAAAGCUGUCUUCACUCCUGGUGUCGACAGCACAAAAAGGUGUGUUUUGGGUUCUAGCGGCUCUCCAGCACAGUGGCCUAAUUGCUGUCGCCUUGUUGAAAUGAUUUUCAUAAGGUUAUGUAACAUCCACCGAAGCCCCAAGAAACAGCGGACAGAAUGUCUGUCUAGAUGGGAUCUCAUUCUUCGUGAUUACAGAAAAAUUCGGCAGCUAAUCCUGAGCAAUGGAACGGUGAUGAGUGACACAACCCUUCAGCUAGUUGAGGUAAAUCAGAGGACCCUUACGACAUGGCACAAUAACCGUUUAAAGGGUCAGGAGGUCUCCUUGCUGUUGCAAGGGCUGGACCUUCCAGAGGCACGUCCAGUGGCUUUGGAUGUUUUGCCUCCAGCACGAGUACAGCCUGUUGUGCCUCCACAAUAUAGCCACCAGUUGCAUACCUACCAGAUGCCACCAGACACAGCUGGACAGGCAAAGACAAAGUUUAGAAAGAUUGCGCCCUCAGCUACCUGUACAUCUGCCACAGCAACUUCAAUCUGGCCAUCAGCCGUACACCCUCAGCAUUCAGCCACGUCCAGCCAGCUAAGGACAAUUUGUCCCAGGCCGACAGCACCACACCCAUUGGUUCCUGACACACCCACUGCCCCUGUUGUGUCUCAGAUGUUUCUGGUGCCCUGCCCAGCCCCAUUUUCCACCAUUAACCCUGGAGCAAUUUCCUCUGAGCCACCUGCAAAUGACACAGCCACUCCAACCAAACGAUCGUACAAUCGCACUCGUGGAUUCGAACCUACGAUUUCCUGA